AUGACCGCCAUGGCCUGCGCGCGACCAUGCCUGCCGUCUGCGCGCGACCAUGCCUGCCGUCUGCACGCGACCAUGGCAGCGACCUGCAGGCGACUGGCGACUGCUGCUGGCGCCAUCGCUGGAAGGCUGGAGGCGACAGUGGUGCCCCGAGAUAGCAGGGAGGACAGCGGCGCCUCUCCCUCACAACCCCCAGAGCAGCGGCGCCUCUUCAUCACAACCCCCCAGAGCAGCGGCGCCUCUCCCUCACAGCCCCCAGAGCAGCGGCGCCUCUCCUUCACAGCCCCCAGAGCAGCGGCGCCUCUCCCUCACAACCCCCCAGAAGCAGCGGCGCCUCCUCCUCACAUCCCCUCAGAGCGGCGGCGCCUCUUCCUCACAGCCCCCCAGAGCAGCGGCGCCUCCUCCUCACAGCCCCCCAGAGCAGCGGCGCCUCCUCCUCACAGCCCCCCAGAGCAGCGGCGCCUCCUCCUCACAGCCCCCCAGAGCAGCGGCGCCUCCUCCUCACAGCCCCCCAGAGCAGCGGCGCCUCCUCCUCACAGCCCCCCAGAGCAGCGGCGCUUCCUCCUCACAGCCCCCCAGAGCAGCGGCGCCUCCUCCUCACAGCCCCCCAGAGCAGCGGCGCCUCCUCCUCACAGCCCCCCAGAGCAGCGGCGCCUCUCCCUCACAGCCCCCCAGAGCAGCGGCGCCUCCUCCUCACAGCCCCCCAGAGCAGCGGCGCCUCCUCCUCACAGCCCGCCAGAGCAGCGGCGCCUCCUCCUCACAGCCCCCCGGAGCAGCGGCGCCUCCUCCUCACAGCCCCCCAGAGCAGCGGCGCCUCCUUCUCACAACCCCCCAGAGCAGCGGCGCCUCCUCCUCACAGCCCCCCAGAGCAGCGGCGCCUCCUCCUCACAGCCCCCCAGAGCAGCGGCGCCUCCUCCUCACAGCCCCCCAGAGCAGCGGCGCCUCCUCCUCACAGCCCCUCAAAGCAGCGGCACCUCCUCCUCACAGCCCCCCAGAGCAGCGGCGCCUCCUCCUCACUGCCCCCCAGAGCAGCGGCGCCUCCUCCUCACAGCCCCCCAGAGCAGCGGCGCCUCUCCCUCACAGCCCCCCAGAGCAGCGGCGCCUCUCCCUACAGCCCCCCAGAGCAGCGGCGCCUCCUCCUCACAACCCCCCAGAGCAGCGGCGCCUCCUCCUCACAGCCCCCCAGAGCAGCGGCGCCUCCUCCUCACAGCCCCCCAGAGCAGCGGCGCCUCCUCCUCACAGCCCCCUAGAGCAGCGGCGCCUCCUCCUCACAGCCCCCCAGAGCAGCGGCGCCUCCUCCUCACAGCCCCCCAGAGCAGCGGCGCCUCCUCCUCACAGUCCCCCAGAGCAGCGGCGCCUCUCCCUCACAGCCCCCCAGAGCAGCGGCGCCUCCCCCUCACAGCCCCCCAGAGCAACGGCGCCUCUCCCUCACAGCCCCCCAGAGCAGCGGCGCCUCUCCCUCACAGCCCCCCAGAGCAGCGGCGCCUCCUCCUCACAGCCCCCCAGAGCAGCGGCGCCUCCUCCUCACAGCCCCCCAGAGCAGCGGCGCCUCCUCCUCACAGCCCCCCAGAGCAGCGGCGCCUCUCCCUCACAGCCCCCCAGAGCAGCGGCGCCUCCUCCUCACAGCCCCCCAGAGCAGCGGCGCCUCCUCCUCACAGCCCCCCAGAGCAGCGGCGCCUCCUCCUCACAGUCCCCCAGAGCAGCGGCGCCUCUCCCUCACAGCCCCCCAGAGCAGCGGCGCCUCCCCCUCACAGCCCCCCAGAGCAACGGCGCCUCUCCCUCACAGCCCCCCAGAGCAGCGGCGCCUCUCCCUCACAGCCCCCCAGAGCAGCGGCGCCUCCUCCUCACAGCCCCCCAGAGCAGCGGCGCCUCCUCCUCACAGCCCCCCAGAGCAGCGGCGCCUCCUCCUCACAGCCCCCCAGAGCAGCGGCGCCUCUCCCUCACAGCCCCCCAGAGCAGCGGCGCCUCCUCCUCACAGCCCCCCAGAGCAGCGGCGCCUCCUCCUCACAGCCCCCCAGAGCAGCGGCGCCUCCUCCUCACAGCCCCCCAGAGCAGUGGCGCCCCCUCCCCACAGCCCCCCAAAGCAGCGGCGCCUCCUCCUCACAACCCCCCUUAGCAGCGGCGCCUCUCCCUCACAACCCCUCCAAAGCAGCGGCGCCUCUCCCUCUGGCACCUGCAGUGGAAGGGAGUGCUGAUGAUGCUGCUGCUGGUGUGCGUGAUGGCGCGAUUAAACCACGGGGCGGAGGCGGAGGAGACGAGGCGUGCACGCGAGUGAGUGUGCUCAAGGCCACCAAGCAGGCGCUCACACGUGGCUGGCUCCCUCAUGUGUGUCUGCGCCCUCAUGCCGCACCACCACAAGCCCAUGCACCCCCUCCCAUCCCAUUCGCCACGCUCUUUCCUCCCCUCACCUUGUCUAUUUCCUUGCUCUGUGUCGUCGCCACUGCUUGCACUUCACCCCCCUUCCUCCUUCCCUUCCCCUUUUUUACCUCGUUCAAGCCUGCCUACGGAGGCGGAGGAGCUGCAAUGACGUGGCAGCUUGUGAUUGGACUGGUGUUGCGGCACGUGCAACGUGGUGCUGCAACGGAUGAACGUCACGCACAAUCACUCACGCUCAGUCACCCUCAUUCGCACACACUCGCACUCACUCGCACCCACUCGCAACCACUCACGCAUGUACACACACUUGCACCUUAUUCAUUCGCACCCAACCACACUCUCUCACCCACCCACGCACCCAUGCAACCACCCACACUCACCCAACCACCCGCCCAUCCACCCAUCCACCCACCCAUCCUCCCAUCCACCCACCCAUCCACCCAUCCACCCACCCAACCACCCAUCCACCCAUCCGCCCACCCAUCCACACUUCCGCCCACCCACCCAUCCACCCACCCACCCACACACCCACCCAUCCACCCAACCACUCACCCACUCAUUCACCCACCCAUUCACCCACCCGCCCAACCACCCACCCACCCGGCCAACCACCCAUCCGCGCACCCGCCCACUCCAUCCAUCCACCCGCCCACUCCAUCCAUCCACCCGCCCACUCCAUCCACCCACCCGCCCACUCCGUCCAUCCACCCGCCCACUCCAUCCACCCAUCCGCCCACCCAUUCAUUUACCAAACCCACCCACCCACCCACCCACCCACCCACCCACCCACCCACCCACCCACCCACCCACCCACCCACCCACCCACCCACCCACCCACCCACCCACCCACCCAUCCACCCGCCUGCUCCAUCCAUCCACCCGCCCAAUCCAUCCACCCAUCCGCCCACCCACCCACCCAUUCAUUUACCAAACCCACCCACACCCACCCACCCACCCACCCACCCACCCACCCACCCACCCCUCCACCCGCCCACUCCAUCCCUCCACCCGCCCACUCCAUCCAUCCACCCGCCCACUCCAUCCAUCCACCCGCCCACUCCAUCCAUCCACCCGCCCACUCCAUCCAUCCACCCGCCCACUCCAUCCAUCCACCCGCCCACUCCAUCCAUCCACCCGCCCGCUCCAUCCAUCCACCCGCCCACUCCAUCCAUCCACCCGCCCGCUCCAUCCAUCCACCCGCCCACUCCAUCCAUCCACCCACCCACCCACCCCUCCACCCGCCCACUCCAUCCAUCCACCCGCCCACUCCAUCCAUCCACCCGCCCACUCCAUCCAUCCACCUGCCCGCUCCACCCCUCCACCCGCCCACUCCAUCCAUCCACCCGCCCACUCCAUCCAUCCACCCGCCCACUCCAUCCAUCCACCCGCCCACUCCAUCCAUCCACCCGCCCACUCCAUCCAUCCACCCGCCCACUCCAUCCAUCCACCCGCCCACUCCAUCCAUCCACCCGCCCACUCCAUCCAUCCACCCGCCCACUCCAUCCAUCCACCCGCCCGCUCCAUCCAUCCACCCGCCCGCUCCAUCCAUCCACCCGCCCGCUCCAUCCAUCCACCCGCUCACUCCAUCCAUCCACCCGCCCACUCCAUCCACCCAUCGGCGCACCCGCCCACUCCAUCCGCGCACCCGCUCACUCCAUCCAUCCACCAGCCCACUCCAUCAAUCCACCCGCCCACUCCACCCAUCCACCCGCCCACUCCACCCCUCCACCCGCCCACUCCAUCCAUCCACCCGCCCACUCCAUCCAUCCACCCGCUCACUCCAUCUAUCCACCAGCCCACUCCAUCCAUCCACCCGCCCACUCCACCCAUCCACCCGCCCACUCCACCCGUCCACCCGCCCACUCCAUCCAUCCACCCGCCCACUCCAUCCAUCCACCCGCCCACCCAUCCACCCAUCCGCGCACCCGCCCACUCCAUCCGCGCACCCGCUCACUCCACCCAUCCACCCGCCCACUCCACCCAUCCACCCGCCCACUCCAUCCAUCCACCCGCCCACUCCAUCCACCCACCCGCGCACCCGCCCACUCCAUCCGCGCACCCGCUCACUCCAUCCAUCCACCCGCCCACUCCAUCCAUCCACCCGCCCACUCCAUCCAUCCACCCGCCCACUCCACCCAUCCACCCGCCCACUCCACCCGUCCACCCGCCCACUCCAUCCAUCCACCCGCCCACCCCAUCCAUCCUUCCGCGCACCCGCCCACUCCAUCCGCGCACCCGCUCACUCCACCCAUCCACCCGCCCACUCCACCCAUCCACCCGCCCACUCCACCCAUCCACCUGCCCACUCCAUCCAUCCACCCGCCCACUCCAUCCAUCCACCCGCCCACUCCACCCCUCCACCCGCCCACUCCACCCCUCCACCCGCCCACUCCAUCCAUCCACCCGCCCACUCCAUCCAUCCACCCGCCCACUCCAUCCAUCCACCCGCUCACUCCAUCCAUCCACCCGCCCACUCCAUCCAUCCACCCGCUCACUCCAUCCAUCCACCCGCCCACUCCAUCCAUCCACCCGCCCACUCCAUCCAUCCACCCGCCCACUCCAUCCAUCCACCCGCCCACUCCAUCCACCCAUCCGCGCACCCGCCCACUCCAUCCGCGCACCCGCUCACUCCAUCCAUCCACCCGCCCACUCCAUCCAUCCACCCGCUCACUCCAUCCAUCCACCCGCCCACUCCAUCCAUCCACCCGCCCACUCCAUCCAUCCACCCGCUCACUCCAUCCAUCCACCCGCCCACUCCAACCAUCCACCCGCCCACUCCAUCCAUCCACCCGCCCACUCCAUCCAUCCACCCGCCCACUCCAUCCACCCAUCCGCGCACCCGCCCACUCUAUCCGCGCACCCGCUCACUCCAUCCAUCCACCCGCCCACUCCACCCCUCCACCCGCUCACUCCAUCCAUCCACCCGCCCACUUCAUCCAUCCACCCGCUCACUCCAUCCAUCCACCCGCCCACUCCACCCAUCCACCCGCCCACUCCAUCCAUCCACCCGCUCACUCCAUCCAUCCACCCGCCCACUCCAUCCAUCCACCUGCUCACUCCAUCCAUCCACCCGCCCACUCGAUCCAUCCACCCGCCGACCCAUCCACCCAUCCAUCCCCUCAAGCACCCAACCACCCAUCCACCCACCUAUCUACCCACCCAUCCACCCACCUAUCUACCCACCCAUCCACCCACCCUUCCACCCACCCACCCAUCCAUCCACCCACCAACCCACCCACCCUCCACCCGUCCACCCAUUCACCCGCCCACCCACCCGCACACCCGCCCACCCGCCCGCCCACUGGCCCACCUGCCAGCCCACCCGUCCGCCCAUCCACCCGCCCACCCGUCCGCCCAUCCGCCCGCCCACCUGUUACCCCACCCACCGUUCACCCACCCACCCACCCACCAUUCACCCACCCACCCACCCACCAUUCCGCCCAUCCGUCAACCCACCCACCCACCCACCCACACGCCCGCCCGCCCACCUACCCGCCCACCCAUACACCCGCUCCCCCACCCAUCCACCCACCCAUUCACCCACCAACCCACCCAUUCACCCACCCACCCACUCCCACCAACCCACCUAUUCACGCUCCACCCGCCCACUCACGUCCCCUCCCGCCCACCCACCCGUCCACCAGCCCACUUACCAACCCAUCCACCCAUCCAUCCAUCCACCCAUCCACCCAUUUACCCAUCCACCCGUCCACCCACCCAUCCACCAACCAAUCCACCCCUGCGUCCACCCACCCACCCAUUCGUCCACCCAUCCACCCACCCACCCAUUCAUCCACCCAUCCACCCACCCACCCAUCCACCCACCCAUCCACCCGCCCACCCACCCACCCACCCAUUCAUCCACCAUCCAACCCACCCGUCCACCCAUCCUCUCACCCCUUCACCCACCCACCCACCUACCCACCAACCCACCCACCCAUCCACCCAUCCACCCACCCAUCAACCCACCCAUCCAUCCAUCCAUACACCCACCCAUCCACCCAUACACCCACCCAUCCACCCAUUCACCCACCCACCCACCCACCCACCCAUCCACCCAUCCAAUUAUCCACCCACCCAUCCACCCAUCCACCCAUUCAUCCACCAACCAACCCACCCAUUCACCCAAACACCCACCCACCCACCCAUUCACCCGACCGGGCACACACUUGCGACCGGGCGCGUACUUGCGACCGGGUCCCCCAGAGCAGCGGCGCCUCCUCCUCACAGCCCGCCAGAGCAGCGGCGCCUCGCCCUCACAGCCCCCCAGAGCAGCGGCGCCUCCUCCUCACAGCCCCCCAGAGCAGCGGCGCCUCUCCCUCACAACCCCCCAGAGCAGCGGCGCCUCCUCCUCACAACACCCCAGAGCAGCGGCGCCUCCUCCUCCUCACAGCCCCCCAGAGCAGCGGCGCCUCUCCCUCACAGCCCCCCAGAGCAGCGGCGCCUCCUCCUCACUGCCCCCCAGAGCAGCGGCGCCUCCUCCUCACUGCCCCCCAGAGCAGCGGCGCCUCCUCCUCACAGCCCCUCAGAGCAGCGGCGCCUCCUCCUCACAACACCCCCAGAGCAGUGGCGCCUCCUCCUCACAACCCCCCAGAGCAGCGGCGCCUCCUCCUCACAGCCCCCCAGAGCAGCGGCGCCUCCUCCUCACAGCCCCCCAGAGCAGCGGCGCCUCCUCCUCACAGCCCCCCAGAGCAGCGGCGCCUCCUCCUCACAGCCCCGCAGAGCAGCGGCGCUUCCCCCUCACAGCCGCCCAGAGCAGCGGCGCCUCUCCCUCACAGCCCCCCAGAGCAGCGGCGCCUCCUCCUCACAGCCCCCCAGAGCAGCGGCGCCUCCUCCUCACAGCCCCCAGAGCAGCGGCGCCUCUCCCUCACAGCCCCCCAGAGCAGCGGCGCCUCCUCCUCACAGCCCCCCAGAGCAGUGGCGCCUCCUCCUCACAGCCCCCCAUUGCAACGGCGCCUCCUCCUCACAGCCCCCCAGAGCAGCGGCGCCUCCUCCUCACAGCCCCCCAGAGCAGCGGCGCCUCCUCCUCACAGCCCCCCAGAGCAAUGGCGCCUCCUCCUCACAGCCCCCCAGAGCAGCGGCGCCUCUCCUCACAACCCCCCAGAGCAGCGGCGCCUCUCCUCACAACCCCCCGGAGCAGCGGCGCCUCCUCCCUCACAGCCCCCCGGAGCAGCGGCGCCUCCUCCCUCACAGCCCCCCGGAGCAGCGGCGCCUCCUCCUCACAGCCCCCCAGAGCAGCGGCGCCUCCUCCUCACAGGCCCCCAGAGCAGCAGCGCCUCCUCCUCACAUCCCCCGGAGCAGCGGCGCCUCCUCCUCACAUCCCUCCAGAGCAGCGCCGCCUCCUCCUCACAGCCCCCCAGAGCAGCGGCGCCUCCUCCUCACAGCCCCCCAGAGCAGCGGCGCCUCCUCACAGCCCCCAGAGCAGCGGCGCCUCCUCCUCACAGCCCCCCAGAGCAGCGGCGCCUCCCCCUCACAGCCCCCCAGAGCAGCGGCGCCUCCUCCUCACCGGCCCCCAGAGCAGCAGCGCCUCCUCCUCACAUCCCCCGGAGCAGCGGCGCCUCCUCCUCACAUCCCUCCAGAGCAGCGCCGCCUCCUCCUCACAGCCCCCCAGAGCAGCGGCGCCUCCUCCUCACAGCCCCUCAGAGAAGCGGCGCCUCCUCCUCACAGCCCCCCAGAGCAGCGGCGCCUCCCCCUCACAGCCCCCAGAGCAGGGGCGCCUCCUCCUCACAGCCCCCCAGAUCAGCGGCGCCUCCUCCUCACAGCCCCCCAGAGCAGCGGCGCCUCUCCUCACAACCCCCCAGAGCAGCGGCGUCUCCUCCUCACAGCCCCCCAGAGCAGCGGCGCCUCCUCCUCACAGCCCCCAGAGCAGCGGGGCCUCCUCCUCACAGCCCCCAGAGCAGCGGCGCCUCCUCCUCACAGCCCCCAGAGCAGCGGCGCCUCCUCCUCACAGCCCCCAGAGCAGCGGCGCCUCUCCUCACAGCCCCCCAGAGCAGCGGCGCCUCCUCCUCACAGCCCCCCAGAGCAGCGGCGCCUCCUCCUCACAGCCCCCCAGACCAGCGGCGCCUCUCCUCACAGCCCCCAGAGCAGCGGCGCCUCCUCCUCACAGCCCCCCAGAGCAGCGGUGCCUCUCCUCACAGCCCCCCAGAGCAGCGGCGCCUCCUCCUCACAGCCUCCAGAGCAGCGGCGCCUCCCCCUCACAGCCCCCCAGAGCAGCGGUGCCUCUCCUCACAGCCCCCCAGAGCUGCGGCGCCUCUCCUCACAGCCCCCCAGAGCAGCGGCGCCUCCUCCUCACAGCCCCCCAGAGCAGCGGCGCCUCCUCCUCACAGCCCCCAGAGCAGCGGCGCCUCUCCCUCACAGCCCCCCAGAGCAGCGGCGCCUCCUCCUCACAGCCCCCCAGAGCAGUGGCGCCUCCUCCUCACAGCCCCCCAUUGCAACGGCGCCUCCUCCUCACAGCCCCCCAGAGCAGCGGCGCCUCCUCCUCACAGCCCCCCAGAGCAGCGGCGCCUCCUCCUCACAGCCCCCCAGAGCAAUGGCGCCUCCUCCUCACAGCCCCCCAGAGCAGCGGCGCCUCUCCUCACAACCCCCCAGAGCAGCGGCGCCUCUUCUCACAACCCCCCGGAGCAGCGGCGCCUCCUCCCUCACAGCCCCCCGGAGCAGCGGCGCCUCCUCCCUCACAGCCCCCCGGAGCAGCGGCGCCUCCUCCUCACAGCCCCCCAGAGCAGCGGCGCCUCCUCCUCACAGGCCCCCAGAGCAGCAGCGCCUCCUCCUCACAUCCCCCGGAGCAGCGGCGCCUCCUCCUCACAUCCCUCCAGAGCAGCGCCGCCUCCUCCUCACAGCCCCCCAGAGCAGCGGCGCCUCCUCCUCACAGCCCCCCAGAGCAGCGGCGCCUCCUCACAGCCCCCAGAGCAGCGGCGCCUCCUCCUCACAGCCCCCCAGAGCAGCGGCGCCUCCCCCUCACAGCCCCCCAGAGCAGCGGCGCCUCCUCCUCACCGGCCCCCAGAGCAGCAGCGCCUCCUCCUCACAUCCCCCGGAGCAGCGGCGCCUCCUCCUCACAUCCCUCCAGAGCAGCGCCGCCUCCUCCUCACAGCCCCCCAGAGCAGCGGCGCCUCCUCCUCACAGCCCCUCAGAGAAGCGGCGCCUCCUCCUCACAGCCCCCCAGAGCAGCGGCGCCUCCCCCUCACAGCCCCCAGAGCAGGGGCGCCUCCUCCUCACAGCCCCCCAGAUCAGCGGCGCCUCCUCCUCACAGCCCCCCAGAGCAGCGGCGCCUCUCCUCACAACCCCCCAGAGCAGCGGCGUCUCCUCCUCACAGCCCCCCAGAGCAGCGGCGCCUCCUCCUCACAGCCCCCAGAGCAGCGGGGCCUCCUCCUCACAGCCCCCAGAGCAGCGGCGCCUCCUCCUCACAGCCCCCAGAGCAGCGGCGCCUCCUCCUCACAGCCCCCAGAGCAGCGGCGCCUCUCCUCACAGCCCCCCAGAGCAGCGGCGCCUCCUCCUCACAGCCCCCCAGAGCAGCGGCGCCUCCUCCUCACAGCCCCCCAGACCAGCGGCGCCUCUCCUCACAGCCCCCAGAGCAGCGGCGCCUCCUCCUCACAGCCCCCCAGAGCAGCGGUGCCUCUCCUCACAGCCCCCCAGAGCAGCGGCGCCUCCUCCUCACAGCCUCCAGAGCAGCGGCGCCUCCCCCUCACAGCCCCCCAGAGCAGCGGUGCCUCUCCUCACAGCCCCCCAGAGCUGCGGCGCCUCUCCUCACAGCCCCCAGAGCAGCGGCGCCUCUCCCUCACAGCCCCCCAGAGCAGCGGCGCCUCUCCUCACAGCCCCCCAGAGCAGCGGCGCCUCCUCCUCACAGCCCCCCAGAGCAGCGGCGCCUCCUCCUCACAGCCCCCCAGAGCAGCGGCGCCUCCUCCUCACAGCCCCCCAGAGCAGCGGCGCCUCGUCCUCACAGCCCCCCAGAGCAGCGGCGCCUCCUCCUCACAGCCCCCAGAGCAGCGGCGCCUCCCCCUCACAGCCCCCAGAGCAGCGGCGCCUCUCCCUCACAGCCCCUCCGAGCAGCGGCGCCUCCUCCUCACAGCCCCCCAGAGCAGCGGGGCCUCCUCCUCACAGCCCCCCAGAGCAGCGGCGCCUCCUCCUCACAGCCCCCAGAGCAGCGGCGCCUCCUCCUCACAGCCCCCCAGAGCAGCGGCGCCUCCUCCUCACAACCACCCAGAGCAGCGGCGCCUCCUCCUCACAGCCCCCAGAGCAGGGCGCCUAUUCCUCACAGCCCCCCAGAGCAGCGGCGCCUCCUCCUCACAACCACCCAGAGCAGCGGCGCCUCCUCCUCACAGCCCCCAGAGCAGCGGCGCCUCCUCCUCACAGCCCCCAGAGCAGCGGCGCCUCCUCCUCACAGCCCCCCAGAGCAGCGGCGCCUCUCCUCACAGCCCCCAGAGCAGUGGCGCCUCUCCCCACAGCCCCCCAGAGCAGCGGCGCCUCCUCCUCACAGCCCCCAGAGCAGCGGCGCCUCCUCCUCACAGCCCCCAGAUCAGCGGCGCCUCCUCCUCACAGCCCCCAGAGCAGCGGCGCCUCUCCCUCACAGCCCCCAGAGCAGCUGCACCUCUCCUCACAACCCCCCAGAGCAGCUGCACCUCUCCUCACAGGCCCCCAGAGCAGCGGCGUCUCCUCCUCACAGCCCCCCAGAGCAGCGGCGCCUCUCCUCACAGCCCCCCAGAGCAGCGGCGCCUCUCCUCACAGCCCCCCAGAGCAGCGGCGCCUCUCCUCACAGCCCCCCAGAGCAGCGGCGCCUCCUCCUCACAGCCCCCCAGAGCAGCGGCGCCUCCUCCUCACAGCCCCCCAGAGCAGCGGCGCCUCCUCCUCACAGCCCCCCAGAGCAGCGGCGCCUCGUCCUCACAGCCCCCCAGAGCAGCGGCGCCUCCUCCUCACAGCCCCCAGAGCAGCGGCGCCUCCCCCUCACAGCCCCCAGAGCAGCGGCGCCUCUCCCUCACAGCCCCCCCGAGCAGCGGCGCCUCCUCCUCACAGCCCCCCAGAGCAGCGGGGCCUCCUCCUCACAGCCCCCCAGAGCAGCGGCGCCUCCUCCUCACAGUCCCCCAGAGCAGCGGCGCCUCUCCCUCACAGCCCCCCAGAGCAGCGGCGCCUCCCCCUCACAGCCCCCCAGAGCAACGGCGCCUCUCCCUCACAGCCCCCCAGAGCAGCGGCGCCUCUCCUCACAACCCCCCGGAGCAGCGGCGCCUCUCCUCACAACCCCCCGGAGCAGCGGCGCCUCCUCCCUCACAGCCCCCCGGAGCAGCGGCGCCUCCUCCCUCACAGCCCCCCGGAGCAGCGGCGCCUCCUCCUCACAGCCCCCCAGAGCAGCGGCGCCUCCUCCUCACAGGCCCCCAGAGCAGCAGCGCCUCCUCCUCACAUCCCCCGGAGCAGCGGCGCCUCCUCCUCACAUCCCUCCAGAGCAGCGCCGCCUCCUCCUCACAGCCCCCCAGAGCAGCGGCGCCUCCUCCUCACAGCCCCCCAGAGCAGCGGCGCCUCCUCACAGCCCCCAGAGCAGCGGCGCCUCCUCCUCACAGCCCCCCAGAGCAGCGGCGCCUCCCCCUCACAGCCCCCCAGAGCAGCGGCGCCUCCUCCUCACAGCCCCCCAGAGCAGCGGCGCCUCCUCCUCACAACCACCCAGAGCAGCGGCGCCUCCUCCUCACAGCCCCCAGAGCAGGGCGCCUAUUCCUCACAGCCCCCCAGAGCAGCGGCGCCUCCUCCUCACAACCACCCAGAGCAGCGGCGCCUCCUCCUCACAGCCCCCAGAGCAGCGGCGCCUCCUCCUCACAGCCCCCAGAGCAGCGGCGCCUCCUCCUCACAGCCCCCCAGAGCAGCGGCGCCUCUCCUCACAGCCCCCAGAGCAGUGGCGCCUCUCCCCACAGCCCCCCAGAGCAGCGGCGCCUCCUCCUCACAGCCCCCAGAGCAGCGGCGCCUCCUCCUCACAGCCCCCAGAUCAGCGGCGCCUCCUCCUCACAGCCCCCAGAGCAGCGGCGCCUCUCCCUCACAGCCCCCAGAGCAGCUGCACCUCUCCUCACAACCCCCCAGAGCAGCUGCACCUCUCCUCACAGGCCCCCAGAGCAGCGGCGUCUCCUCCUCACAGCCCCCCAGAGCAGCGGCGCCUCUCCUCACAGCCCCCCAGAGCAGCGGCGCCUCUCCUCACAGCCCCCCAGAGCAGCGGCGCCUCUCCUCACAGCCCCCCAGAGCAGCGGCGCCUCCUCCUCACAGCCCCCCAGAGCAGCGGCGCCUCCUCCUCACAGCCCCCCAGAGCAGCGGCGCCUCCUCCUCACAGCCCCCCAGAGCAGCGGCGCCUCGUCCUCACAGCCCCCCAGAGCAGCGGCGCCUCCUCCUCACAGCCCCCAGAGCAGCGGCGCCUCCCCCUCACAGCCCCCAGAGCAGCGGCGCCUCUCCCUCACAGCCCCCCCGAGCAGCGGCGCCUCCUCCUCACAGCCCCCCAGAGCAGCGGGGCCUCCUCCUCACAGCCCCCCAGAGCAGCGGCGCCUCCUCCUCACAGUCCCCCAGAGCAGCGGCGCCUCUCCCUCACAGCCCCCCAGAGCAGCGGCGCCUCCCCCUCACAGCCCCCCAGAGCAGCGGCGCCUCUCCUCACAACCCCCCAGAGCAGCGGCGCCUCUCCUCACAACCCCCCGGAGCAGCGGCGCCUCUCCUCACAACCCCCCGGAGCAGCGGCGCCUCCUCCCUCACAGCCCCCCGGAGCAGCGGCGCCUCCUCCCUCACAGCCCCCCGGAGCAGCGGCGCCUCCUCCUCACAGCCCCCCAGAGCAGCGGCGCCUCCUCCUCACAGGCCCCCAGAGCAGCAGCGCCUCCUCCUCACAUCCCCCGGAGCAGCGGCGCCUCCUCCUCACAUCCCUCCAGAGCAGCGCCGCCUCCUCCUCACAGCCCCCCAGAGCAGCGGCGCCUCCUCCUCACAGCCCCCCAGAGCAGCGGUGCCUCUCCUCACAGCCCCCCAGAGCAGCGGCGCCUCCUCCUCACAGCCUCCAGAGCAGCGGCGCCUCCCCCUCACAGCCCCCCAGAGCAGCGGUGCCUCUCCUCACAGCCCCCCAGAGCAGCGGCGCCUCCUCCUCACAGCCCCCAGAGCAGCGGCGCCUCCUCCUCACAGCCCCCAGAGCAGCGGCGCCUCCUCCUCACAGCCCCCCAGAGCAGCGGCGCCUCUCCUCACAGCCCCCAGAGCAGUGGCGCCUCUCCCCACAGCCCCCCAGAGCAGCGGCGCCUCCUCCUCACAGCCCCCAGAGCAGCGGCGCCUCCUCCUCACAGCCCCCAGAUCAGCGGCGCCUCCUCCUCACAGCCCCCAGAGCAGCGGCGCCUCUCCCUCACAGCCCCCAGAGCAGCUGCACCUCUCCUCACAACCCCCCAGAGCAGCUGCACCUCUCCUCACAGGCCCCCAGAGCAGCGGCGCCUCCUCCUCACAGCCCCCCAGAGCAGCGGCGCCUCUCCUCACAGCCCCCCAGAGCAGCGGCGCCUCUCCUCACAGCCCCCCAGAGCAGCGGCGCCUCUCCUCACACCCCCCCAGAGCAGCGGCGCCUCCUCCUCACAGCCCCCAGAGCAGCGGCGCCUCCUCCUCACAGCCCCCAGAGCAGCGGCGCCUCCUAUGGAUCCCCACGUAGGAGGCAUGGCAUGGCGUGGCAGCAGGGCUCUUGCUAGGAUUUAA